AGAAAACUCCCCAAGAAAAUGUUUUCAUUUCUUUGUUUUUAGCAAACCAAAAUCAAGGAAAAAAGUUUUAGCUCUCUCUUAAUUAGCUUAGUUUACUUCCACUGCUCUCCAACUCUCAAACCCUUCUCUUGAUUUUCUUUUCUUUUCUGAAAAUUGUUGGCAUUUUCUUUUCAGAAAAUCUCCCGCACGAAGAAUAUUAUUAGUGGCGUUUUUUUAAGUUAAGGAGUGAGAGUUUUUACAAAAGUAGAUAGAUAGAGUGAGAAAGAGAUGGGUCGGAUUCCAUGCUGUGAGAAGGACAACGUGAAAAGGGGGCAGUGGACUCCUGAAGAAGAUAACAAGCUCUCUUCCUACAUUGCCCAACAUGGCACUCGUAAUUGGCGCCUCAUCCCCAAGAACGCUGGUUUACAAAGAUGUGGGAAGAGCUGCAGGCUACGUUGGACGAACUACCUUCGCCCGGACCUUAAGCACGGCCAAUUCUCCGACGCGGAAGAGCAAACAAUUGUCAAGUACCACUCCGUUGUUGGCAACCGAUGGUCGUUGAUUGCAGCGCAACUGCCUGGCCGCACCGACAACGACGUGAAAAAUCACUGGAACACCAAGCUGAAGAAGAAGCUAUCGGGCAUGGGGAUCGACCCCGUCACACACAAACCCUUUUCGCACCUCAUGGCCGAGAUUGCAACCACACUAGCACCGCCGCAGGUGGCUCACCUCGCAGAAGCAGCCCUCGGCUGCUUUAAGGACGAAAUGCUCCACCUCCUCAUGAAGAAGCGCAUCGACUUCCACCAACAUACCAAUCCAACGCCGGGAAACAGCACUGCCACGUACAUUAACAGCCAACAGGAAGAAAAGCUCGACACCGUCAAAAAGAUCAAGAUUGGUUUAUCUAGGGCAAUGCAAGAACAACCGGACAUGUUAACCUCAAACAAACCUUGGAUGGACACUAUUGGAGCAACAUCUGCGAACUUCACAGGGAACUGCAGUGAUUUCCCCUUGCCCAUGUCUGGAUUUCAGUACGGCCAUUCCACGUUUGGGAACGAAGGCGAUGGAUCGCCGUGGAGCCAGAGUCUGUGUACCGGAAGUACGUGCACGGGGGCGGCGGACCAGCAGGGCCAGUUGGCUGACAAACUGGAGGUGGAAGAAAACGGAGAGGAGUCCGAGGGUAGAAAGGAGCUGAGAAACGGAUCAUCCAACAUAUUCAACUCGGAUAGUCUCUUGUGGGAUUUACCAUCUGAAGAUCUAAUGAAUCAGAUGGUUUAAUAUAUAAGUUAUACAAGUGUGUGAGGGAAAUUUAAAAGAUAGGUUCAAAUAAAUUUAAAUUUCCUGUGACAGUGACAAACAACGAUAAUGUGAAUAAGGUCAUUAUAUAAAUUAUGGUAA